UGUACAUUCACAAAGAAAAAUGUUCGGAACAUUAUCGGAAGAGGCAGAAGUGAAGGUGCCCGCAAGCAAAGCUUGGGCUCUCUACGGCACUCUUGAGAUAGGAAAGCUCGUCGUCGGGAAAGUCCUUGAAGCGGUCGAUUUGAUUGAAGGCGAUGGUGGGCCCGGUACCAUUCUCAAGCUCACCUUAAAGCCCGGGUUAGGUUUCCCAUAUUACAAAGAGAAGUUUACAAAGGUUGAUAAUGAGAACAUGAUCAAAGAAACUGAAGUAGUGGAAGGGGGGUUUCUUGAUGUUGGAUUUACCUUAUAUAGGAUAAGGUUCGAGAUCAAAGAGAAUCCAAAUGAUGAUACGGGCUCAUCUUGUCUUCAGAAACUAACAAUCGAGUACGAUGUUAAGGAAGAGUUUGCGGCUAAUGCUUCUUUUGUCACCAAUGAGCCUCUACUUGGGCUUUUAAAAGUUGCAAACGAGUAUCUUUUGAAAUCUAAUUAACACAUGAAACGGUUAUCAUUAAUCAUGUUUAUGAGUAAUGUAACUGUUACGAAUAGAUACGGAUUAUGUUAAUGUUUUCAAUGGUAUGAGUGAACCGUUUGUAUGGGCUUUUGAUUUAGAGAAGGAUGACAUGUUACAAAAUUAUUAAUUUACUAAUGUUUUUGUUGUACAACAA